UUAAUCUUCAAAUUAAUUAAGUUCUAGAGAGAGAAGAAGACGAGUUUGAAUUCAUGGCAGUUGAUGCUAGGUACGUACGUCCGAUGAGUAGAGAAUUAGAAGAAGAUGAAGAGACGAAGCGGCAGCAGAUAGAGAGUGGGAUUAUUGAGGACGUCGAAACGACGUCGUCGUCGUCGGUAGUGAUGCCGGGAUUCAGAUUCCAUCCGACAGAGGAAGAACUGGUGGAGUUUUACCUUCGCCGUAAGGUGGAGGGCAAACGUUUCAAUCUCGAUCUUAUCACUUUCAUCGAUCUCUAUCGCUAUGACCCUUGGGAGCUUCCUGGAUUGGCCGCAAUUGGGGAGAAAGAAUGGUACUUUUACGUGCCAAGGGAUAAAAAAUACAGAAACGGGGACAGGCCUAAUCGAGUCACAACAUCUGGCUAUUGGAAGGCAACCGGAGCUGAUAGAAUUAUCAAGACUGACAAUUUUAGGUCCAUUGGUUUGAAGAAAACCCUAGUUUUCUACUCCGGCAAAGCUCCUAAAGGGAUCCGAUCAAGUUGGAUCAUGAAUGAAUACCGCUUACCUCACCACGAGACUCUAAAGUUACAAAAGACUGAGAUUUCACUUUGUCGUGUGUAUAAAAGAGCCGGAGUAGAAGACCACCACCCGUCUCUUCCGCGCUCAUUCCCUACUAGGGCAUCCUCUUCAAAAACCACUCAUUUGGAGAAGAAACUAAUGCCACACAAUCUUACUACCCAACUCUCAACAAUAUUGUCGACAUCAAGACCUAAUUAUGAUCAUGAUUUUGAAAGAUCGCCAUGUUCCCAACAUGAAAAGACAACAAAGACGAACAACAUCGAAUUAUUCAAUAUCAUUGUCCCGCAACAAACUCUCCCAACCGGGGCGCCAUCACCGAUAACCACCGAUUCAUUCAAAAAACAAUAUUGCCCCCCUUCUAUCUUCUCAAGGCCUAACGAUAACUUUCCAAUGACGUCAUCCUCUCAUCAUCAAUCCAAUUCAUUUGACGAUCUUCAAGGGCUUGUUACCAAUCAACAACAAACUUCCAUUAAUCCAGUACUACUUCAAUAUAAUAAUCAAAACCGUGAUUAUAGCUCUUUGGUUCCUCAUCAAUUCAACGAGUUGCAGCUUCAUUCACAAUCAUUAAUGGAGCAAAACAUGUUGUUAAAGCCACACGAGAGGCAAACUUGGGAAUGGAAUUCAGUCGCGGGGGGCGAUGAAAGCAAAGUUUACAACGCAUACCCUUUCAAGUAAAUGUAUGGAUUAUUAUGAAUUCGAUCAAGAUAUACAAAAGAAUUAUAUAUCUUACCAUUUAAGAUGUUGUAAUCAUCUAUAUAUAUAUAUAUAGUCAUGAUAUACUCAAAUAUAUUAUAAUUGAGGUACGUACGUUCUAAAUUAUAUUGUUGAAAUAUAUAGGAUAUGUAUUGUUAAGUAAGAAACUAGACGAGCUUCAUUGUGUAGGUUAAAGGUGGGAUAUUAAUUAUAAGUUGUUGGUGACACUUGCUCACAAUGGUUUUAAUUUCUUCUUAAUCCAUUAAUGGAGUCGUGUUCCAACUUCCAAGGAUUGUUUGUAAAAGAACAAAAAUUAUAAGAAUAUAUAUAUAGACGUAUCUU